GGCAUUGCAAUUUAUGAAAGACACAAUCACGUGUCCUUUGCGAGCGCAGUCGAUCGAAAGCUCCAGUCGUAGGGAAUAACGGAAUAUGGCAACUGCGUUUCGCAAACAACACUAUCAGCAAUCUCUCUCGUCCUUGAGCACGAUCUUCUUCGACCUGGACAAUACGCUGGUGGAGACCAGGAAGGCGGACAAUCAGACUUGUCGCAAGCUUGCUGAGGAAUUGACACGGGAAUAUGGCAUUCCGGAAGACACAUCUGCCAAGAUAACAGCCGCAUAUCUGAAGCAAUUUAGAAAAUGUCCGGACAAUGCAACUCUUAGUCUGGAUGCUUGGCGCACUAUUCUCUGGAGCAAGGCGUUAGGCGACAAAUACUCGUUCUUGGCGAAAAAGAUUUACGAAAGAUGGCUCUAUUUGAGAUACCAUUACAUGGUGCUAGCGCCGAAUACGGUUUCUAUGCUACGUCAAUUGAGAAAGAAGUAUCUGCUAGGCUUAAUAACCAACGGCCCAUCGAAUGCUCAGUGGGAGAAAAUACACAAACUGUCUCUGCAACAGUAUUUCGAUGUCAUCCUGGUGUCCGCUGAUUUACCGUGGGAGAAACCAGAAGUGGAAAUAUUUCAAAAGGCUUGUCACUUUCUUAAUGUGAGACCCAAGGAAUGCAUCAUGGUCGGUGACAAGUUGGAGACGGAUAUUUUAGGUGGAAUCGAGGCUGGACUACGCGGGACUGUGUGGGUGCCCAUUGCAGAUAAACCUCGCCUUUCGGGAGACGAUCCUAAACCAGACUUUACAGUAAGACACGUUACAGAACUCGUACGCAUAUUGGACAAAGGUCCAAACGCACCUGAACUCGAAGACUCCUCUUCAAAUGCGUCCGAUGGUAGCUAAUGAGUAGAUGCACGUCAUUUAUUAAUUUUUUUUAAUAUUAUAAAAAACGACUCGAAGCAAUUGCUAAACAAAAUUUAGUUAUGUAUAAUGGGAUAUUUGAUAUGUGUGUUAACACACAUAUAUACAUAUGUGCGUAUUGUUUUUUUUUUUCCGAGUAUAUAUUUUCAUGUAUUUUUUUGUAGGAUAGAUAAAACUUUUAGGCACUUUGUUGUUAAUUUGAAGAAAACGCUGUAGUAUUAAUCUUUUAUUACAGAGUCUCUCUAAUCUGUUAAUUUUUUACAGAAUUUCCAUAGAAUAUAUUUACUUGUACUGAGAGUGCAUAGUACAAUGCAUAGUACAAAGAAUUCUCAAUUCAUAUAAUUAAAUAGAAAAAUAUGUAGCUCGAAAAUUAUUGCAAUUUAUUUUGAUAAUGUUAUAAUAUUUAACAUUUUAUACAAUUUAUUUUUGCAUGUAGGUGACGAAAGAACCACCGUCGUUAUAUUCAGUUAUAUUAGUUGACAUUUGAAUUCUAUCGCAGAUAGAUAUCAAAUGAGAUAUUUUUUUAGUUACCUUCUCGAAGUUAAAUAACUGUAAGAUACCUCAGUUAUAUCGGAUAAAAAGAAUGCUCAUGUACAAAAAGCAUAAGUAGAGCUAGUAGCUGUAAACAAACGAACAAAGUGCAUAACAAAUAUCAUAUGCAACUAUUUUAGCCUGUUUCUCUUUAGCAGGAAAAAUUACGCUAUAAUAUAUAUAAUAAAAGAUAUGACGUUAUAGGAUGGAUAUAUAAAGAUAUAUCCAAGCGAUGUAUCAUGUAGAGGUCUCCUGCUGUACAAACAUGCGUUAAAUUUGUAUAUCUGUACAUAGAUAUGCGUAAUAGGGUUGUACAUGUACGAGUAUAAAUACAUAUGAUGUCUAUUUUUCAA